GCAGAGGUGGCCGGCAGCCCCAGGUAAGCCUGAAGGAAUGCGACGUUCAGCUGCAAAUGCCUCUGACAGCAUCUCCAAAUUGGAAAGAGACAGAUUUUUUUUUCACGCUUAUCCAUGAUUUCACUACUCAAAAGGCCAAAGAUGCCAUGAGAAGGCAGAAGGGAAGAACUGCAAAGAGAAAAAAUCAUAUGUGUGCUUCCAGAUUGCAAGCUGAUUAGAUGAUUUGGCUCCUUUCUUUGAUAAUUAAUCUCUUUGAACAAUAAUUGCUUUUAUAAUUUGUUUAUGGAUGCCACGUUGUUACCUCCAUAAAAUGGGUUUAUGCGGUUUUCCCUGCCCCCACAUUGUAAAUCGAGGUCUGUAAAAUGUAUAGCAAUUUAUCACUGACCAUUGCCCGGUUUUAUGUUAAUGUUUGAACAUGGCCAUAAAAGAAUUACAUCAUCUUACCUCCGAGCAACUUCUAAGGCAAAAAGACCUUAUAAAAACAAGCUCUGCUUACCAGCAAGGUACCUUCUGUUGUGUUGGGAACACAGAAAGUCUUUCCAUCAUGAGCUUCACCGGAAAGUACGAACUCCAGUCACAUGAAAAUUUUGAGGCCUUUAUGAAAGCACUUGGGCUUCCUGAUGAACAGAUCCAGAAGGGCAAGGACAUCAAGAGCGUCUCAGAAAUUGUGCAGGAUGGGAAAAAGUUCAAGGUUACCGUGACCACUGGCACUAAAGUGCUACACAAUGAGUUCACCAUUGGGGAGGAGUGUGAGAUGGAGAUGCUGACGGGAGAGAAAGUCAAGGCUGUUGUUCAAAUGGAGGGUGACAACAAACUGGUUGCAAACCUGAAAGGGCUGAAAUCUGUCACUGAGCUGCAUGGAGACACCAUCAUCAAUACACUGACCAUGGGAGAUCUUGCCUACAAAAGAAUCAGCAAGAGGAUCUAGAGACUCUCCACACAUCAAUCAUUUUACUGUGUAAAAUGUGUCCAUUAAAGUAAAAUUUUUAUUAAAGGCAUCUUCAUUAUUACCAUUAACCUCUUCACUGUUGUUAUAAAGAAAUGCAAGCUUCCGAAACUCCCACAAGCCCAGGUAGAAACUGGGUAACCAGCUGAGCCAAGGCUUUGCUGAUGUCUGUGAAUGAAGACAGGAUAGGGCAUGUGCUCAGAGUUGUUGAGUGACCCUCUGAGAUGUGCUCCAUGCUCAUGAUCAUCCUUCCAGACCCUUCUUGGGGAUAGCAUCCUGCCACAGAUGUCCUGAUGAGUCGUGCACCCAUGGCUGCCUUGACUGGGUGGAUGGAGGAGCACUAGACAUGGAAACGGCUCUGUUCCCUUUUCUUACAAACACGGCCAAAAUGACCACAAGGUGACUGGCACGGCCAAAAGAUGGGGAGGUUUAGGAAGGCUCAAGGAAAUGUCAAUGGUCUUGCCCAGGAAGCUGCCUUCGGGAAGCAUCCAGAAUGGGCAGUUUGGGUGUCCCACCCACCAUCCCCAUCCUCAGACCUCCACAACAGGAUCCAACCCUCCAGGCUGUGACCACCCCAUCCCCUCCCUAUCCCUUCCCACCAGCAGCAGGCUCCCAGAUAGCCUGCAGGUGUCCUGUGUGUGUUUUGCCCCAAACCACGUCUGAUAUACUGGGUUGAACUAGAGUUCAAUUCUUCUUGCAGAGUGAAAUACAUAUUGUCUCUCCUGGCAGGAGAUGCACACUGGUUAUUCACAGCAUAGCCAUGGAGCACCAAAGACAUCUCCCAUGCUCUCACUUGGUGCUGCACAGUGCAUGAAGAUGUGGUUUUCUGGUGCUCACAGGACAGGAAACCCUUCUUAGCUAACUUUUCCAAGCCCUGUGCUUGGAUGAGGAUUGGAAAUUGCCACUAAGGAAUGCAUAUAUGGCUGGUGUGAUAUACCUAGCUGGGAAGAUGUUCUUACAAUCACUUAAAGCUGAUCAGGAUGGUAAAAAACAACACAAGUGCUUCCCCACCUUCUCCUGCACCCCAAACAUGCUAUUAAACGACCAAUUUGUCCUCAUGUCCAUCUCUCCCAUGACUCCUCUCUCUUCAGGGAUGGUUUUCAUGUUACAGGUUGACGUUGAUUCUCACUGGAAGAACUGAACCAACGUGGAUUGUACCAGUGAGCAUCAGAUGGGACAAAUGGAAGGGCUUAACUCAAGGGCAUCUAAAAAGCAGAUGAUGGUCUACAGUGAACGCAUCUUAGAAGUAUCAGCAAAAUCACUGAGAAAUGUUGAACGGGGAAAGCCCUGCUUUCAAGGGGAUUCUUGAACACACCAUCUCUUUUCGUCUCUUGGUUGCCACUGUACAUCUGGAGCAAAUCAGGUGGAUUUUGAGAUAGAUGGGCAGGCAGAAAAGACUUUUUUUAUCUAGAAAUCCAACCAUUGCCUUCAGACAUUUCCUUAUCUUCAUUUGCUGUCCAGUGGCAGCUGAUCCAUUGACUAACCCUUCUUCGGCUCAGUGAAAAAUUGACUGAGCACUUCUCUAAGGUGAAAGGCAGGUGCUGAAAGUCAUUAGAGUCCCCGGCUCACCUUAAGGAUGAGCAAAGGUGGAUCUCCCUCCCCAAAACCCACUUCUUCAGUUACAGCAGUCCAUACAGCCAGUGCACCACACCAGGGCAACUGGCUUCUGGCACAGACUCAUCUCAUGUCUAUCUGCUGCCACCACUUCAGACAUUAUCUGAUUUUUAACUAAGGAGACUGAUUUACCCUAAUUAAUUUAUCCUGAUGUAGGAAUUCCACUUUGUCUCACAUUGCAAAGUGCCCACAGUUUGAUACUGCGCCCGUGUCAGGUGAAGAAUCAUUUUUCAGCAGUUUUCCAUCAGAGAAACAGCACUUUACAUGAAACGCCAUCUGCAGGUCUUAUUCAGUCUACACUCAA